AUUAUUUACAGUAACAGCUCAGGCGGGCGCUGUAAGCGGAGACAGGGCAUUAUGAACAAACAUUGUUUCCUUUCAGUGUGUGUCUUGUUGUUGGGGCCGAUCGUUUCAGGUUCAGGGGACUCAAGUUGUGGUGGUUCCCUCGUGGCAACAUCUUUCGGCAAGACAUUUACCUCCCCUGGAUACCCAAACACCGACCUCCCGGCACAAUCAUGUACCUGGACUAUUACAGCAGAACGAAACCAAACUAUUUUAUUGUCCGCCAUGGACUCGGUACUUGAGAACUACAACUCACAAAGAACUUGUGACAGAGAUUAUGUGGCUGUUUAUAAUGGUCAGUACGGUGCUGACAUGCUCGGCACCUUCUGUGGUCUCCAACAACCCGUCUUCUCCAGCAGCGGGGAUUCUAUGCGCGUCCAUCUUCAAACCGAUGGCAGAAACAACCACAAAGGAUUCAAAAUGAUGUACACAGCUGUACCGGCAACGACGUGCAAUCUGACGCUGCCUGCAGGGCCGAGUCCAAUACAUCUUGUCUCCCCCUGGUUACCCUGACAACUAUCAACGUGGAUUACAGUGCCAAUGGUCUAUUACUGCGCCGUAUAGAACCAACAUCAAUGUUGAAGUUUUGUAUAUGUAUAUGGAAAAAACGACAUCAUGCCUGAACGACUAUCUUCUGUUUAAAGACGGCCCUGAGACUUAUGACACACAACUGGCAAAGAUCUGUGAAGUGACGUCCACUCCAAUCAUCAGCAUGGACAACCAUAUGACCAUUAUAUUUCACACAGACAGUUCCGCGACAGGACAAGGCUUUCGUUUGAAGUACUCGAAUGAUUUCACUUGUGGAACACCAGAUCUCCGCGCCUCACCCAAUACAGAGACGUAUCUGACCUCACCCGGCUAUCCUUCAUACUAUUAUUACAACCUACAAUGCUCGUGGACAAUUUCCGCACCGGCUGGGUAUAAAGUAAAAGUCAGCAUUGUGUCUCUUGAUAUUGAAAACUCGACGUCCUGUGAAGCUGACUAUCUUCUCUUCAGCGAUGGGUCAUCAUAUGAAGCCGCUGUCCUCGGUAAAUAUUGUGGUUUUACGGGCAAACAAGUCAUCAGCUCCAGUAACCACAUGACCAUCACCUUCCACACCGACGGCUCUGCAAGAAGGAGAGGCUUUUCUUUAAAAUACACAGCUGGAAGAUUCCUGCCAACAACCACAACGACAGUGACACCAUAUGUGCCAAGUUGUGGAACGUCAAGGCUCAGUGCCACUUCCACGUGGAACCUAUUGUCGUCUCCUAGUCUCCCAAGCAAUUAUGCAGGCCAAGUAAACUGCAGCUGGAGAAUUUCUGCUCUUGUUGGAAAUGAAGUAUCCGUUGAAAUUGAGGAACUGUCUAUAGGAGAAUCAACAUCGUGUGCAGGGAAUUACCUUCUCGUCAGUGACGGUUCCUCGUCUAAUUCCGCCGAAUUAGCAAGAUAUUGUGGAUCCACCACCGGGAACGUCAUGAGCUCCAACAAAGAUGUGACCAUAACCUUCCAUACCGACGGCACUGCCAGACACGCAGAAUUCAGUUUGAUGUACAAGGCGAUACCGUCAGGAUGUGGCGAAGAUAAAGUGAUUGGCUUUCGGGAAACAGCAUAUGUUGAAUCACCGAACUAUCCUUCGUACUAUCCACCAAAUUCGAACUGUGCCUGGACAAUUAGCACUAAUGUUAACGGAUAUGUAAUCUAUGUUGUGACGGAGGAGUUCAACCUUAUUUCUGACGCCAUGUGUACAGACUACCUAAAACUCUACGAUGUCGAUGGACCAAAUGAAUACUUGAUCGGUCGAUGGUGUGGAUAUGGUGGACCGAAUAUACGGAGUACAGAGAUGACUGUGAGGGUUCGAUUCCACUCCCAUAAUUCCCCUACUUACAUUGGAUUUAAGUUGGCAUUCAUUGCUGGAAAGCCAACAUCAGCGCCGUUUUGGCUCCCGAACACUGGAACCUUACUCGGCAGCAUACUCGGUGGCACCGUGGCUGUGCUUGUAAUAAUAAUCUGCUGCUGUGGAAUUUGUAUCAAGAAAAAGUCUACUACCAAAGACCAGUCGAACAGAUCAGUGACCAACGUAGUUUCCGUCCCCUGUCCCAAAUACACGACAACUACAUCUACUACUCAUCCGGCCAGGUCUACUCCACCCCCAGGCUACAAUGAAAGUGUGGAGGCUGACCAUGGCCUGUACUGCCAGGCUGUGCCAGAUGUACAGCCACUUGUGACGCCAUCCCCUGGCGGUGCAUCUCCACAUCAAGGGAAAGAUAACCCAGCCUGCCUAAAUUGAGUGACUUCCAGGUGAUCAUAAUGUACAUGUUUUGUACUGAGUGAGUAAAUAAGAAAUGUCACAUU